AAAAAAAAAAAAAAACUUAAAUUACUGAUUCUGUCACUUUGUCUCUCCAUAAAUAAUUCGCCAAAAUGACCAACACAAAGGGAAAGAGGAGGGGCACCCGCUACAUGUUCUCUAGGCCUUUUAGAAAACAUGGAGUUGUUCCUUUGGCCACAUACAUGCGAAUCUACAAGAAAGGUGAUAUUGUAGAUAUCAAGGGAAUGGGCACUGUUCAAAAAGGAAUGCCCCACAAAUGUUACCAUGGCAAAACUGGGAGAGUCUACAAUGUUACCCAGCAUGCUGUUGGCAUCAUUGUAAACAAACAAGUUAAGGGCAAGAUUCUUGCCAAGAGAAUUAAUGUGCGUAUCGAGCACAUUAAGCACUCUAAGAGCCGAGAUAGCUUCCUGAAGCGGGUGAAGGAAAAUGAUCAGAAAAAGAAGGAAGCCAAAGAGAAAGGUACUUGGGUUCAGCUGAAGCGCCAGCCUGCUCCACCCAGAGAAGCACACUUCGUGAGAACCAAUGGAAAGGAGCCUGAACUGUUGGAGCCCAUUCCCUAUGAAUUCAUGGCAUGAUGGGUGUAAAGAAAAUAAAAGACCUGGACUGUGUAAAUGUUUCUCUUAAUUGGGUAGAAGUGUAUGACCCCCUUCCCCAAACAAACAUUUAAAGCACAUUUUAAUUGUGUCCGAAUUCAGUGGGUGACAUCUUUUUACUUUUCAAAUUUAGUGAUUUUUCUUCCUGAAAGAUGUGAGGUAGUUUGUUGUACAGUAUACUCCACUGGUUAAUAAACUGCUAGAUAUUAUAAAAUACUUGUACUAGUUUGAAAAUAGUCUCUAAAUUCUUAUGAACAAAGGAUUUAAAAUGAAUGAAAGUUAUCUGUUGCAUUAUAGUUAAGCUUAGGAAAAGUUGAUACUCAUAAUUGCAUCAUAAAUUAAGUAGCUGUGUUUUGAGGAUCGGGAACUUAACUUUGAAGCCUCCUAUUUAAAAAUACAUGGUUUAAAGCCCCUUCCUGGUCCUUUGUGAGUUACAUGUUAGUUCUGAGUUGUUUAGACCUUUCGUGCAGCAGGGCUCAGAAAAAUGUUAAAAACUAGAAUACCUUUUUUAUUUAAACUGGGUAAGUAUUUGUAUAGCAUCUAAUAUGUGGCAUUCUAAGCACUUUACAUAAUGUACUCAUAAAAAACUUGGAAUAAGUUUUGUUUUGCCCAUUUUACAUGAAAGGAAGCUGAGGCACAAAUAACUUGCCCGAGGUUACAGGUGCAUAGUGUUGGGCAAAGAUUCAAACCCAGGCAAUCUGGCUGCAUAAUCGGAUUUUAGUCAUCAGUUCUAUAUUGCUUCAUAUUAAUAGGAAUAUUUUAAAGCUACUUUGUCUAGUUGGAACACAUUUUAGGUUUUGUUACUUCCUGGAUAUUUUUAAUUGGAUGUGGUAAACAUCCAGUAGGGAAUUGAUCACAUCUCAUCCCCCUGCCUUCAGUAUUCUGUGAUUAUACCUGUAGCAAGCUUAUUUAAAAUGAAAGCCUUGACUACUCACUUGGUAUUCUCUCCCCACUAUUAGACUUGAGGACAAGAACCUAUUUAUAAUUUUAGUAAACACUGUGAAUAGGUAAAAACCUAGUGUUAGUGGCCUUCAGUUUCAUCUAGUGUUGUGUGAUGGUAAUAGGGCUGCUUUGGAAUCCAGCAAACCUUGGCUUUGAAUCUUGGAUUCCUAACCUAACUCAGUAAAUGGUGGUUAUUAAUUGCUCUUAAAGAUUCACAUCUAGUGGUAGAGGGUUAUGUUUAAACAUGACUGUGUUGGUCAAAAGAAAUUGUUUACCAGCACCACCACAGAAAAGAAGGAAAACCUUAUAAAUUGCGUCAGUUGGCAUUCCUGUUCUGUGUUUUUCCAUCUUAAGUUGAUGGUACCACUUAUGCACCAGGUUGAAGUCACUUUGCAUAUUUUAAAAUUCUAUUUCAUGAAUAUCUUUCAUAGCCAUUUCUUCAUUCCUGCCCCUUUAGGCACAUUUUGAUUUCUCCUUUAAACUAUUAAGCAGCUUCAAGGCAUCAUGUUUAUUGAGCCUCCUACUAUAUUGCAUAUUGCUUAAUCUGUGUGUCUCUGUAACUCAUGGUUUAAUUUUCAAGGUAUGUGUAACUAGUCUGGUUCCUACUAAAUUGUUUUUCUCUUUAUUUCUGUUUUCCUACGUGAUGGCUUUAACUAUUAGGAAAAUUGUGUUAUGGAACUGCUCUUUGUUGCCCCAGUUUUGCACACGCACUUGCCUUUGCCCGAAAUACCUACACUUUGAUGGAAUUCUUGCUUGUCGUUCACUCACCUUGAGUCAUAGGUGAACCAUCCCUGAUUAAAGCAUUUUAAGGAGAGGAA